AUGGGGAACAACAUAUCGAAAAUCUGUAAUGCAUGCAUGAAGAAUAACGAUUAGAUUAGAUUAGAUUAAAAUUAUAGCGGGUCGUCGGGGUUUAUUUCAGCCCCUCUCCGUCCAACGGAUAGCUUCGCAUUGUCGCUAAGCGCUAUCCUCACACCACCACCCUUUUCCCAGAGUGACGUCCCCAAAAAAUGGUGACGUCAGAGGUCUGUCGGGGAGAAAACCCUACCGAAUCGGCCGAGCCUUUUCUUGGUCCCAAAGUUCAGCCAAAGACUCCCUUAACCUCUGACAGGGCUCAGAGUACGGGUGAAUCGCCUUUGCUUACUCCAUGUCCUGUCUGAACCUUAUUGCAGGUUCGAUAAUGCUCCCAUGGAGUAGUAUCAGGACUUUGCGCCGGUAGGGACUUCUGCAGGUAAGGAAAAAAGAUCUAAGGUUAUCCCUUAGGCCAAAAACCCACCCCGGAGAACUAUCGCCAUGUGGCUCACUUUUCCUGGCCCGGAUCAACUCACGGGUUGUCAGGAGUCCACGUCAGAUCACGCCAUUUUAAUAAUUCUCGAAGAAUAACGAGGCAUCAGAAAUUGUACUAUUAGAAAAUAAAGAAAAAAAUAAGCCAAUACAAACAAUCCCAAUGGUCAUAAAAGGAUUUAAUACAUGCGAAGUUAUGAAUAAAUUAGAAAUUGCCAAGGUGGAAUUUAUGGGAUUGAUAAAUGAAGGGAUUGAAGGAGGAGGCUGUGAAAUCGUCGUGGAUAACCCAGAUUGCAGAGUCUCUGGAAAAGAAACAGCAGAUGGAUACUUGGUUAAGUAUCAAUUUUUGAUGCCGUAUGAGUCAAAUGUGCUUUGAUCAUUUUUACAAAAACUUGACAAAAGACCUAUAUGAGAUAAAAACGUGCUGUCUACGAAAAAGAUUGCACAAAUUGAUCUCGAUACCUGUAUAUACCAUUUUAUUUUGAUUUCUUCUAUGUCUUUAUAGGAAAUUUUCUUAUAAAAGUCAACAAAUACAGUAUAAUUCGAACAAUCUAUAAGAAACAAUGGACAAUUGCAUCCCGAGAAAAUUUAAUUGCUUGUAGAAAGGCAAAAAUCGGGGGCGCAGUCGCAGAUUUAAGUACCUCUGUCGAAUCUGACGAAUUUCCUAUCCAAAAUGAUUAUGUAAGAGUCAAGCUUUUCGUAGGUGGAUAUUAUUAUGAGCCUAUAGAAAAAGAUGAAAACGGUAAUAUUACACGCGUGACGAGUGUUUCUCAUAUCGAUAUUGGAAUGACCAAUGUGAUGAAUAAAUUGGCAAGAAAAUUGACAUCUACAGGCAUUCCAAAAUAUGUAAAAACAUUGCUAGGAGAACUAAAAAAUGAUUUAAGAGAAUCUAAUUAA